AUGAAGAUUAUUUAUAAAUAUUUGUGCAAAUUAUUUUUUUAUUUUCUUUUAAUGCAUUGAUUAUUAAAAUAUCAUUUAGUUUGAGAAAUUCGUGAUUGAAUAUUAUAUCUUUUAUUUAUAUUCAGGAGUGAUUAGUUUGAUAGUUGAUAUGCCAUAUUGAAUAAUAUAAUUUAUUAUUAUAACUCUUAUUUGUUUUAGUAUUAUUAUUAUUAUUUUUAGAAUAAAACGCAUGAAUAACAUUAACAAGAAGAGGAGAAGUUUACAUCAGAGGCAACAAGAACUGCUAGGUUGGGCGGAAGAUCCUCAAUCCAAACACAAUUUUGCUGAAUUAGUAAAACUUUCUUAGCUAAACUAUUGUCAUAAAUUAUAAUGUAACUCUUGCUAAUUUAGUAUUAAUUAAGUUGUAAUUAUUAUCAUAAAUCUUUUAUUAUAAUGAAUUAAGUAUAUGAUUUUAAUAAAAAGACAACUUUAAUUUAUAUAGUUUAUAAUUAUAACUCCUAGUUUUCCUAAUAUUAAUUAAAUUGUAACUAUUAUCAUAAAUUUUUUAAAUGAAUUAGGGAGCUAAAAAAAUUUAAGAAAUUAUAGGAAUAAGAGAAUUUUCUUGUUGGUUUUAACAUAGCAUCAACCUAUUUUAUUGCCCAGCUAUUAUAUAUUUUUUUUAGAUAGAUGUGUUUGUGUUUCUUUUUGAGAUCAGCAUCCUAGCAAUGGUUAAUAAAUAAUUAACAUUAACACUGACUAGGAAACACGCAUUCAAGGGUGCAGAAAGGGAGAUGGGUUGUUAUAUAAACCAUACACCUAUUAUCAUCAGAGUUCUCUGAAUAGUUCUACAGCUCUUUGCUUUAUUAAGCUUGGUCAUGGCAGACAUAGGCACACCCAUUGAGGGUACCUAGGAAACAAAAUUUCUGCCAAUAUGCCUUUCUUGAAUUUGCAACUGAUCCUCUGUUCAAUUGGAGCGGCCAAACAGAGGUUCUAUAGAAGGGAAAACAAAAGCAUAAGUGUCCACAAGUGCAGCUAAAACGGGCAGCUUUCUCAAGGUCCCCUAAGUACUAAAAUAUCACCAAUAAUGCAACCAAAAAUACAUAUUAGCUUAUUUGUCUUGAACUUUUGUGACAGUUUUUAGUAAUUUUAGGCAAAAAUUACAAUGAAGUAGUACUGGAAUGAUAAAUCCAAGAAAAUCAGCGUGCUUCUGGAAUUCAGCAUCACAGAAUAAAAAAAGUUAAAAAUAAACAUUAGAUCAAACACUAGAUUCCAGAAGUCUUAAAAGAUGAAAACCUAGUUAUACACAUACACUAAUCACUAUUUUGCCUAAUAUCUCCCGUUCCAAUUUAUCAUGUGUACGUGGACAAAUUGCAAAGAGAGGGGAGACCAUGCCAGAAUUUUCAGUAAUUUAAGCUGUUGUGAUUAGUAAUUAGAUGAUUAUAGAAAGCCAACAACUAAUAUGUAUCAUCCUCUUGACGCAUGGCAGACAUCAAAUAUAGUGCAGAUGGUGAUCAAGAAAGAAGAAACAAAAAAAAUUAGGAGGAAUCUGAAAUCAAAUAUUGUUCUAGGUAGGUAGACCUUGCAAAAGAACAUGGUAUAAUUUGAUAUUUGACUCCAAAACAAAAAGAAAAUCGGUGGAAAAGAAAGAAAAAAAAUUCUACUUUAAAUUAGAGGCAGAUGGGCUAGGGAAUACAUUUAUUUAAGAAACUGAUAAAGACAUCAUGAUGGAAACCUAGUUCCCAGAAUUUCCCCAUAUGCAUCCACAUUUCCAAGUCAGUGGCUUGUGGAUCCAGAUUCUUGAAGUUAGCUUGUCAACCACAUAUUCAAUUUAAGAAAAAAAAUGUAGUUUUGCUUUGUUAAUCGUAACAUUUAUAAUCUCCCAUUGGCUACAACUUAACUAAUAUAUGCAAAGCCGAUCAUUGCAAGCUGGGCCGCUGGUUAGUUUCAUCAGUUCAUGGUUCAAUGGCUUCCUAAACAGGCUCCUGGGCUGUUCCUGCUUGCAUUGUAGAAACAAUUUUUCUGUUCUAUUUUCUUGAAGUAAAAUAAUGAGUCUACUACCGGAGAGAGAGAUUUAUAGUUACUUGGUGUAAAAUUAGGUGAGAUUUCAUCUUUCUUCCCCUCUCGCUCUCCUUAAAUCCUCAGUGUUGGUUUUUGGCCCAAGAUACUCAGCAACCGGAAAAGGGGGAAUCAGAGUUCACAGUUUUUGAGAAUCAAAUUUCCAUCUGGUUCCACCAGACAUCAGUAGCCUUUAUGGAUGAUGCUCUACUCCAAGCACCUCGAGGUGCCAUUACCAGAUUCAGAUUUGACUAUGGCACCAUGUCAGUCCUUCCAAAUCACCAUCUUGUUAAUGAUUUUGAACUAAAUCUUGAAUCUCUAGAUCCACAUCAACCCCUGUUUCCAACAAAUGCACACUCUUCAAGUAGUGAUUCAGCAUCACAUUCAGGCUCAACCCCUGUAGCAGAUUCCCUUGACAAUGGUGAUUUCUCCAAUUCUGUUCUCAAGUACAUAAGCGAUAUGCUUAUGGAAGAAGAACUAGAGUGCAGGAACUGCAUGCUGCAGGACAGUUUAGCCCUGCAAGCUGCUGAGAAAUCUUUCUAUGAUGUUCUUGGCCAGAAAUACCCCCCUUUGUCGGAUCAAUCGUCUGGCUUUGAUCAAAACAUUCACAGCCUAGACAGUGAUUUCACUUGGAGUGCCAGUAGUGAUAGCAGCAACACUUGCACAACCUCCAUCCACUUGGUUGAAUCAAGUUGGAUUUUUGACCAAGCUGAAUUUGAAUUAUCUGAUGUAAAUACCAUCCAGGUGCCAGAUUUAUGUAGCGAGUCAAUUUCAAAUGCUAGUUCUUUGAUACUAUCAGAGUCUCAGUGGAAGGAAAAUGUAAACGAUUGCUAUUCGUUUAGUGGUUGGAGGGAGAGGAAACAUCAUCAGCUUGAGGAAAGUGCCUAUUUAGAAGGAAGAAGUAACAAGCAUUCUGCAGUUUAUCUUGAAAAGCCGGACGAAACAGAGAUAUUCGAUGCAGUGUUGCUCGGUCAGGCAAGAAAAGACGAUUCUGGAUCACUUGCUCUUCAAAAUAAUGCUGAUGGGAAGUUGAAGAGCGAUGGGCAAACGAAAGGGUCUAAUGGUAGAAAAGCUCGGUCAAAGAAACGUAGUGGUAAAAAGGAAGUCGUGGAUUUGUGGACUCUCCUGCCUCAAUGUGCACAAGCUGUGGCUAGCAAUGACCAAAAGGCUGCAAAGGAACUGCUAAAGCAGGUAAGGCUAUAUUCUUCCUCUUUUGGGGAUGGAAACCAAAGAUUGGCACAUUACUUUGCAAACGGCUUGGAGGCACGGUUGGCUGGCACAGGGACGCCUGGGUAUACACCUGUCGUAAGCAGUACAACAUCAGCUGCUGAUAUGCUAAAAGCUUACCACGCAUAUAUUAUAGCAUGCCCUUUUGCCACAAUGUCAUUCCUUUAUGCUAACCGUACUAUCAUUAAACUGGCAGAGAAAGUGAGCAGGCUCCACAUUAUUGAUUUUGGCAUUCUCUAUGGCUUUCAAUGGCCGUCUCUUAUUGAGUGUCUCUCAACAAGGACUGGUGGACCUCCAAAGUUGCGUAUUACAGGAAUUGAGUUUCCUCAACCAGGUUUCAGGCCUUCAGAAAGGGUUGAAGAAACAGGUUUUCGCUUAAGAAAAUACUGUGAGAGAUUCAAUGUCCCAUUUGAGUACAACCCCAUAGUACAGAAAUGGGAAAGUAUCCAAUUUGAGGAUUUCAAGAUAGACAGAAAUGAAAUGAUUGUUGUUAACUGUCUGUAUCGGUUAAAGAACCUCCCUGAUGACACAAUGGUAGUGAAGAGUGUGAGAGAUAUUGUUCUGAAACUAAUGAGGAGAAUUAAUCCAGAUAUCUUCAUCCAUGGAGUAGUUAAUGGUACAUACAAUGCACCCUUCUUUGUCACACGUUUUCGAGACACACUCUUCCACUUCUCAGCAAUUUUUGACAUGAUUGAUGCUACAAUACCCCGUGAAGAACCUGAGAGAUUGAUGUUUGAGAAAGAAAUAUUUGGAAGGUAUGCCAUGAAUGUCAUAGCCUGCGAGGGUUGGGAGAGGGUUGAAAGGCCAGAGACAUAUAGGCAAUGGCAAGUUCGAAAUAUUAGGGCUGGGUUCAGGCAGAUUCCAUUAGACCAGGAGAUCACGAAGAAAGUCAUAUCUACUGUGAAAUCGAAUUACAAUAAGAACUUUGUUGUUGAUGAGGAUAGCCAAUGGAUGCUGCAGGGAUGGAAGGGGAGAAUAAUGUGCGCACUUUCAGUUUGGAAACCUGUCCAUGAUUAACAUAUAUAUAAAACACUGCUUAUUAACUUAUUAGAAUUAGUAGACUAUGAGCUCCUAUUACAAGUGUAAUUUCUCCUAUCUGGUCUGGUAUAUUAUUGUUAACUUCAGAUUGUUGUUAAGCUGUUUCAUUUAACCUUUCCUGGUGAAGGACUUGCGAAGAAGCUUUUUAAUUAUAGAUUCACUAACAUCCCAAAA